GGCUAUGGCUAUGUGAUUCAGUAUCCAUCGUAUCCAUAUCAGGCUUCGCGUGGCGUCUAGGUUAACCUAGUGUAUAAACAAACUGCAUUUGAAAAACUGAAACUUGAAUAUUCAUAGAGCAAUAACGUAAUUAUUAUCGAUUUGAUAUGAGCAUCAUCUUCCGCGAGCGUACUCAGCACGUCAGCGUCGUCAUCGAUGUUUCUUUCCGUGACAGCUGCAUAUACAGGGUGUUCAUUUGAAAACUUCCCACCACGGAUUUAUCGAAAAAGAUUUGUCAAGGGUUUCAACUUUUUAAGCAAAAACUAACUACUUCACCUUUAUAAUUUAAAACGGGCCGGUUGUUCAACUCCAGUUUAAACCGCUGUUCAGAUUGAACUAAGUUCAAAGUUGAAAAUCAGUUGUACAAAUAAAGCUCAAGGCUUGAACCCAGUUCAAGUAGGCAUAGAACCUGACCGGUCGAUGUCCCUCGGUUAAACUCAGUUCAAUGUGAGUAACAUAAAUAUCGUAGCAAAGUUUAGCGAAGGAGUUGUGUGUUAAGUUUAAAAAUGGACAUUCCCGAAGAGAUAACUGAUGACGAGGACUUCUUAGAAUUAAUUACCAUCGUACAUAUACCCAGGUUACCCAAAACUUACAAACAGAGACCUGGUAAUUUUCGGAUUUGGAACGACACUCAAUUCUUGCAACGUUUUCGGUUAUCAAAAAGUACUGUUAGAUCCAUAAUUGACACAAAAUCAUGCCCUCACGCCAGAUGA